UGCACCAGUGAUCCUCCGUCUUGACCAUCCUUUGUAGCCUAUUUCUGCCCGAUUUGGUAGAAUCGAAUAUACAUGACGUGUGUUUAAGUUUCCUACGGUUACAGAGGCCUAAGAAACGGAGCAGGGAAACAACCUUUUCUCCUCUCUUUCAUUUUCAGGAAAGCACGCGAGUUCCGCCGUGAGGUGGCGGUGGACGAGAGUCUCUGUACGCCUAGAACAAGGAAGAACUGCCCACUUUUCGUGACUCGGGGGCGAAAAAAAGUCUGCGGGAGUGGAGCAAGCGAAGCCUCCUGCCAUCGAGUCGGCUGGGAAAAAUGUCGAUAAACUUGGUUAAACACGCGCCUCCGCACGACGAGCCGUCCGCGCUGCUGCGGCUCCUGUCUGCCGCCUUUUACGCCGCGAGCUCGUUCGUGAUCGUCAUCGUGAACAAGGUCGUGCUAACGUACUACAGGUUCCCCUCAUAUAUGUUCCUUGGAAUUGGUCAGAUGGCCACUACCAUUAUUAUCCUCUAUGCUGCCAAAAUGAACCAAAAUAUUCAUUUCCAGGAUUUUGACAGAAGUAUACUUUAUAAAAUCUUUCCGCUUCCUCUGCUGUAUGUUGGAAAUCACAUCACAGGACUUGCAAGCACCAAGAAAUUAAGUUUACCGAUGUUUACUGUUCUGAGAAAAUUCACAAUACUGAUGACAAUGAUCCUGGAGUCAAGGAUACUAAGGAAAUCAUUUUCAGUUAAUCUCAUAUGCAGUGUGUUGGCCAUUGUGUUUGGAGCUCUGGUAGCAGCCAGCUCUGACCUGGCCUUUGACCUAGAGGGAUACACUUUUAUCCUUCUGAAUGAUGUGUGUACUGCAGCCAGUGGCGUUUACACUAAGAAGAAAGUUGGUGUUGAGGGUCUUGGAAAAUAUGGAGUGCUCUUCUACAAUGCAUGCAUCAUAGUUAUUCCCACACUUCUUGCAAGCUCGUACACUGGUGAUUUGAAGAAGGUCAUCUCUUUUGAGCUCUGGCUGUCGUUUGCAUUCACGUUCUACUUUCUCAUCUCUUGCAUAAUGGGAUUCAUUUUGAUGUAUUCCAUUGUACUGUGCAGCCAUUACAACUCAGCACUUACCACCACAGUCAUAGGGGCCAUAAAGAAUGUAGCAGUUGCCUACAUUGGCAUGUUUGUGGGUGGAGAUUAUAUUUUUUCCUGGAUAAACUUUAUAGGAUUAAAUAUUUGCUCAGCUGCUGAGAAGUGUGAUGAAAGGGGAGCUCAAGCAUACAAGAACAUAGAGAGCCCAGCAGAGCCCAAUGAGCAACAAGAGAAGCAGCUGGUAGUGGUGUAAGGCUGGCAUGCCAAGGGCACAGGUUACCUUGCUGGACUUCAGGUGGCAGCGUUUCAUAUUGGGACGCAGCAUAGAAAUGUAGAUUUUUUUAAAAAUUAUUAUAGUCUGAUUUAAUGUUUUAUAUUUUUUUUCUAUAUUUAGGUAAUUUAUUAUUUGGUAAAUUUUUUAAGGUUCAUGCUAAUUUAUUGUUGGGCUGUGUAUGUAUAAACAAGAUAAAAGAUUUAAAGGUUCAAGUGUUCAUGUGAAGCUAUAUAAGGCAAGGAACACUUUCCUUGUGUCUUACGUUUGGGCUGAGAUAAUGACAGCUCUGAAUACCUUUUAUGCCACGUUGUCUUAACCCUUCUUAUGAAGGUAAUACAUUCCUAAAACCCCUUUGUAAGGUGAAUUCUCAUAACUCAUGUAAUUAUUAGUUGAGCCCCCAAACCAACACCUAUUUAUGAUAAAAUAUCACCAUUGACACAGUUGCUUCAAUAUUUAAUAUUAGCAGUCAUAA